AUGCCUGAACUAUGUGAGAUCAAAUACUCGCAGCAGGACUGCAUCGCUGCAAUCCGUGACUACUAUUAUUUUCUAACCACAAUGUAUCUCGACGAAGACCUUGUUCUCCAGCCACCAGAAGGAGGCUGGCCAUCAAUUACCGACGAAGUUAUGCUGGUCAUUGGUAAGGAUAAUACGGUUGCUUCUCUACUCCGCCAUUUGCCUUAUAUGGCUCCUCCUACAACAUCGGGAGGGGAGGCCCAGCCUAUCCCAUUUCUCUAUUUCGCUGAUUGGCCAGGUGUCUGUGCUUGGAUUAAGUCUGGUCGAUUAACGGCUGAAGACGCCAGGGACGCAUCCCAAGCAUACAUGGACGCAGAGACAGUGCCACCUCACGUCAUUGGCCUUACGUGUGGCGGGGCGGAAACUGCUGCAAUCCUUCUUGAUACUAAGCUCGGCGUUAUAUUCUGGCCCGAAUGCCCUGGGGGUGUAGUAUGGGACCCUUGUCGGGAGGAAGUCCUAGACGAUGCAUACGACUAUGCUCCCAAAAACGAAGCGGACUGGCGUGCAGAGUUUAUUCCGAUGCUACAAGAGAUUUAUCGAAAGCAUGGCUGGCCCAAUAUGGGAAUUUACAACAAGCAGAAGUGCCUAUCGGAGGUGCGGGCGGAGUUAGAGGACAAAUUCCCCGAUUUUAUAUAUUGGUAG